AUGCCCAGCCGAGCCAGCCCAGGCUCGGACGAUGACCUCUCGCCAUCGGCCUCACCACCCUCUACGACGCCGGCGCCCCAGUCGCGCAGCGUAUCCGGCGCGAAGAGGAAGCGGGAUGGGACGAUCGGCAGGGAGCUCCUUCUGCGGGAUAUAAACGAGAACACGGAAGAGUACCUGCAAUCCGGGUCGCGCGGGAUCAACGAGACCAUCGAAAAGGCCAACGAGUACCUCAGAAAGGUGCGACGACCGGGCGAAGCAGCAAGCGACUCGCGCCUGCUUGUGAGCACGACGGACCUGUCGUACCGCAAGACGCUGCGCCUGACGCAGGGCAGCCUGUCCCAGGGCGUCGACGUGGACGAGUUCGUCUCCAAGUGCAUCACGUACAUGCGCCAGGGCCGGGGCAUCCAGGACGACGACGCGCCCGAGCUGUCGAGCACGCAGCGGCACAGGCGCAGGUCGGAGCGGCCCCGGGAUGCAGCCGGCGGCGUGGCGGCGGUAGACGAUGACGACGGCGAUGUCGGCGACGAGGGCGACAUGAUGAACUGGUCUCACCUGGGUCGCUUCGCCGCUCUCCCGUACAUCCGACGCCCCGGCCUGCCAGGCUUCAUGCUCGGCCCCCUCUCGGUGGAGAAGAAGGCCCGCCGGAUCACCAAGCGCUCCGCGCCUUUCCGGCCCGACAACCUCGCCGAGACGAAGCCAGAGGUCCUCAACGUGGCCGACUUUGCCAAGAAGGAGAACGACCUGACGGCCAUCUGCGUCCAGAUCCUCCAGCAGCUGCGCAGCGUCCAGGCAGACGUGCAGGAGACGGUGGCCGACCUCAUCGACGAUGACAUGGACGACGAAGCCAGGCUGGAUGUCAUGCAUCGCCACGGCCUGCGGAGUACGGGUGGCAUAGACGUCAUGCGUUUCGUCGUCAAUCCUAAAUCGUUUGGCCAGACGGUCGAGAACAUGUUCUAUGGGGCAUCCAAACACCAGGCCAUCAUGUCAAUGGACAUGGACACUUGGCAGGACAUCAUCGACACGUUUGACCUGGCAGAUGAGGAACCCAUGAUUGAGCACAGGAGGGAGGCGAAGAGCGAUGGUCCUGGCGCAAGGGGAUGGUACAGCUAG